AUGACGUGGCUCAUUUGCGGAGGAUUGCCUUCAGGUAGCUCUCUGGUCUGCGGGAGGGUGAGUCAGAUUAGAGACUGUGAAGACCGGGAGGAGGAGGAGCAACCGGAGCGUCCACAUCUCCAAAGGGAAGGUGGGGCCGAGUCUCCUCUUAUCAAAGAGGAAGAGCUGGAGCGCCAAGUCAGCGAUUUUCCCUUGAACAUCAUUGUGAAGAGCGAAGACGAUGACGACGACGGCGUAGACGCACGAGCCGACGGCCUCUUGGCGCCGCUUUCCGACAGCGACGACGCCACGUCGCACUCUUCUGACAGGGAAGGCUCCAGAGAUUCUCGGUCUGAGGAAAAACCUUUCGCCUGCUCCCUUUGCGGGAAAGGAUUCUCUCGGAAGGGAAAUCUAAACACGCACGCGAGGACGCACACGGGAGAAAAACCCUUUGUUUGCUCCGUUUGCGGUAAAAGUUUCUGUCGAAAGUCGAGUUUGGCGAUGCACGCCAAGACGCACACGGGAGAAAAACCUUUCGUCUGCUCCGUUUGCGGUAAAAGAUUCAUUCAGAACAGCGACUUGACCAUACACGCCAGGACGCACACCGGAGAGAAACCCUUUGCCUGCUCGGUGUGCGGGAAACGAUACGCCCAGAACCACGGUUUAAGAAUACACACCAGGAUGCACACUGGCGAGAAACCGUUAGCCUGCUCCGUCUGCGGUAAACGGUUCCCCGAAAAGAAAAGGCUGCGCUUGCACCUGAGGAUGCACACUGGCGAGAGACCCUUUGCCUGCUCAAUUUGCGGCAAAAGCUUCUCCCGGAAGGUGGAUUUAAAAGUGCACACGAGAAAACACACGGGGGAGAAACCCUAUUCCUGCCCAUUUUGCGCCAAAGGCUUCGUGCGAAACGUGGAUCUGAAGAGGCACGCCAGGAAGCACACUGGAGAGAAACCCUUCCCUUGCACCGCGUGUGAGAAAAGUUUUGCCAGCAAGGACCAACUGAAGAAACACAAAUGUGCCGGCGCUCACCGUCCUACUCUGAGAAUGCUCGAUCCUCUGUAG